UCCCCCAAAUCCGCCUUCAUCAGUGCUGCGAAGAAGGCCAAGCUGAGAUCCAAUCCCGUGAAGGUCCGAUUUUCUGAGCAGGUGGCAAUUGGAGAAACAGAUGCAAAGAUGAUGAAGAAAGAAGCUCUUCUCCUCAUCCCCAAUGUCCUGAAGGUUUUCUUAGAAAAUGGGCAGAUCAAGUCGUUCACGUUUGAUGGCCGGACCACUGUUAAGGAUGUCAUGGUGACAUUACAGGACCGGCUUUCCCUGAGGUACAUUGAGCACUUUGCCCUUGUCCUUGAAUAUGCUGGGCCAGAACAGAACCACAAGUUCCUGCUUCUCCAGGACAAGCAGCCCCUGGCUUAUGUAGUGCAGCGGACACACUAUCAUGGAAUGAAAUGCCUCUUCCGGAUAAGUUUCUUUCCCAAAGACCCGGUGGAGCUGCUGCGUCGGGAUCCUGCUGCUUUCGAGUACCUCUACAUCCAGAGUCGGAACGAUGUCAUCCGAGAACGCUUUGGAAUGGACUCCAAGCCAGAGAUGCUUUUGGGCCUUGCUGCCCUCCACAUCUAUAUCACUGUCUCAGCUACUCGACCUAGUCAGAAGAUCUCACUCAAGAAUGUGGAGAAGGAGUGGGGCCUGGAACCCUUUCUUCCCCCCUCCCUCCUACAGGGCAUCAAAGAGAAGAACCUCCGGAAAUCUCUCUCUCAGCAGCUGAAGGCGCACCAAACACAUCCUUCCAGCAGCACCAAGGGCUCUGCAAUUCAGGCCAAACUCCAGUAUCUUCGAAUUCUGAAUGAACUUCCGACGUUCACGGGCGUUUUGUUCAACACUGUGGGCCUGGAUGAGAAGCAGUCGGCCACCACCCUCCUAGUGGGACCCCGUCACGGCAUCAGCCAUGUUAUUGACCUCAAAACCAACCUCACCACUGUGCUGUCCGAGUUCAGCAAGAUCAGCAAGAUCCAGCUGUUCCGGGAGAACCAGGGCGUGGCCCGGGUGGAGACCAGCAUCAUGGAUGCCAAGCCUCUGGUGCUGUUGAUGGAGUGGCCCGAAGCCACCAACUUUGCCUGCCUGAUUGCGGGGUACUGCCGCCUCCUGCUGGAUUCCAGGAAGAUGGUCUUCUCCAGGCCUGCUAGCCAGCCUCUCCCACCUCCAAUGAUCAAGGCAGAUUACAUGCACAGCGCCCACCGCCCUGUCACUGGGGGCCACCUGGGGAAAAAGGAGAGUAGUUAUGUGGGCAGCAUGGGCACCAGCCCCAGGAAGUCGAGCCGCUGCACGCCCCCGCCUGCCGACUCUGAGCUUGUCAGCUUUUGCUACCUCCACAUGCGGGAACAAAGGAAGGAUCAGGAAAGCCGGACAGACGUCAAUGAGAACUUAAUCUUCUUUGAGGAGACCAGGCCCCGGACCAAGUCUGACCCCACGUCCAAGAGUUCUGGCCAAGGUUAUGUGAUCCCUGAUGACUUUGACGCAGCUAGCCUAGACCAUGAGCCUUGUACCAGCAGGGCCCGUUCCUACACUUUGGACAAUUCCCUUGGGGCUGAAGGCCUGAAUUUCUACUGUGACUCUUGCAAAGCCAAACUCCAGGAGCAGCUGGGCCCUCGCAAAGGUGGGAGGCCUGGCUCCUCUCGUGACAAUAUGGUAGACUUGAUGUCCCUCCCACCCCCCGGGAGUGAGGAGGAGGAAGAGGAGGAAGAUGAGAGCACUUCGCUGUUGCCUUCCAUUGCUGCCCCACCUCCUGGUUUCCGAGACAACAGUUCUGAUGAAGAGGACCCCAAGCGCCGGGCCGUCCAGAGCCAGGAGCAAGGACGCCACCUGCGUGGGCUCCUGUACGAUGAGAUUCCGGUGACACUGAUUGACAGCGUGCAGACCCGGACAGUCCGAGAUCAUGCCCAGGAGCUAGAUGAUGCCCUGGUGUCCACUCUGCAGGCUCUGGAAGCCCUGGCAGCCUCAGAGGAUGGACCACAUCCCCCAGCCCCUCAGACUGCAGGUCUGAUUGUGCUGGCCACAAUCACCCCUGAAUCGUCGCUGGACUCGGGCCACGAAACCAACUCUUCGGAGCUCACGGACAUGUCAGAGGUGAUGUCAGCCAUGAAGCAACACCAGAAUACCACCUACUUCCUGGCCCAGCAUCUCAACAAGGACAGCCUCCUGGCCCGCAAGGACCUGCCCUUCCGGAUCCAGAGCUGUGCAGCCCAGGCCGUUCUCACGGCCCCUUACUCUCUCGGGCGCCCGGAUCCCAACCCAUCCCUCCAGCCAGCUGUCACAGGCCAGAGUCCUGGCGCCCCUGGUGCUCGGAGGAAGGUGCCCCCGUCAGAGGCGCAGCCACAGAACGAGCGAACGUACGCCCUGGCUGGGCACCCAGCACUGUCCCCUCAGCUGAGUGAGCAGAAGAAUCUGAGCCUGCUGUCCCCAGUUCCUGAGGACAAAGGGCCUGGCCACACUCGGGCGGGCCUAGAGAUGUCACUGAGGGCGGCCACACCGUCCCUCAGUGAAGAGCAGGUCUCUGAGCUAAGGGAGAGUCUGCCCAAGGAGGUCAGGUUGAGCCCCAAGCUUAUCCUGGACCCAAAGGGCAGUGUGACCCCAGCCAUCAUCUCGGCCGCCCUACAGCAGGUGGUUCAUACUAAGAGUCUGUCUGCCCCUGGCGGGGCCUUGGGGAGCACCCCCAACAGUGGGGAGAGGUUAGAGGCCAGCAUGGUGAGGUCAGAGGUCAGCAUGGGAAGGCCAGAAGUUAGCAUGAUGAGCGGCAGUGCCAAUAAGAAUCUUAAGUUCAAAAUGAGUCCCAGUGCUCCAGAGGCCUCACGGAAUUCCCAGCCGCAGCUGAGCCCAGAAGUCUCUUCCGGCUCCAGAGCGCCCACAGGCAGCCGAGCUGAUAGCCUGCACCUCUCCUCACAAGAGGACAGGCUGCCUAUUCAAAGUUUCCCUCCCAAAAGCUAUCUUUCUCGAGUGAGUCGAGAGUCAGUGGGCAAGCAAGGUACCGGGGAGGUGGCGGGCAAGGGCGGGCCUGAGGGUGCUAAGCCUUCCCUGCACAAGCAGGGCACCGUCUCCGGCCAGGGGGAGAAGGGGCAGCUGGAGAGCACCCUCCAAAGCAGCAAGCUUGAAGACACCAGCCUGGUCCCCCGAGCCGGCUACCCCAUGGUUCUGCAGAGCCCCAGCUGUCCGCCGCGAGGCCAGAGCCCCAGCUGUCAGCAGCGAGGCCAGAGCCCGCUGAGGCCUCAGGCUGCCAGCCGGCAGGUGAGCACCAUGCCCUCCAGAAAGAUUGAAACGACCCUGGAUGGAGCCCACUUGGCCUCCGAAGGCCCCACCAAGCCCAAAUCGUCCCGGGGCCCUUUCCGGCUCCGCAACUUAUUCUCUGCCACCUUCCCAACCCGCCAGAAGAAGGAGACCGAUGAGCGGCAGGCCCAGCUGCAGAAGGUGAAGCAGUAUGAGCUGGAGUUCCUUGAGGAACUUCUCAAGCCACCAAGCCAGGGGGAGCUGUCGGGCACCGAGUACCUGCAACCCCCAGCUCCAGGCCGCUGCAGCUGCCAGCUCCGCAGCAGCCCCGUGCAGCAGGGGCCCGGCAUGUCCCGAGAGCAGAGGCGCAGCUGUGAUUGCAAGCGCAUGUGCCGGGGGGCCCGGCCUCAGGCCCCCCAGACGCCGGUGCCCGGCCUCCGGGGGAGGGAGAGGGACAGGGUCCCCCCGACCCAGAGGCAGCCAGAGGCCGGCCUAGGCUUGAGCCUCGGCAGCCCCACCAGUGUCCGGCGCAUGCGCUCCACCAGCCUGGAAUCCCGAGAGUGCCGAUCGGACCCUGAGAGCGGGGUUUCAUGCCUGACCACAUGUGCCUCGGGGGGCGAGUGUCUAGGAGCUCCCAACUACAGGAAACUGAUGCGCCGCUACAGCAUCAGUGAGCUGGACCAGGGCGACAGGGCCUCGCUGACCUCGGACGUCUACCCGCACCCACCCCUGGGCAUGCUGCCCAGGGAGGCCAGGGAGGUAGAGGCAGGCCUCCCCCUAGGCGUGGGUCCCAAAAGCAUGUCACUGGAAUCCCCGACCCUGGGAGACCCCUCCUACGUCCACGUUGCCCCUGAGACCAAAGGCCCCAGACAGAUGGCCGUGUUCUCACUGCCGGAAGAGGUGUACCGGAAGCCCGCGGAGCUGGACGAGGACAGUGAGAGUGGCAAGUGCUGCUCCAUCCGCUACUGCUUCUACUACCGCAAGUGCGACAUGGCGGAUGACACCAGCGAUGGCAAGGACGAGCUCUCCUACUCCAUCCCCAUGAAGAUCCUGCCCGGCAUGAAGCUGGACGAACAGGUGGUGCCCGUGGUGAGCAGGACCCUGCAGGUGCUGGAUGCCGCCACCUGCAGCAGCCCGGAGGCCUCCCGCACCCAGGAGAUCGACCUGCGGGUGUCCACCUUCGAGGGGAGCCUGGCCAAGAUCAACGCCCUGCGGGCCCAUGCCUACGGCCUGCCUGACGGCUUCCUGGCCGCCCGGCUGGACACCAACGAGCUGCUGACGGUCCUAAGGCAGUGCGUGGCCAGCCCCGAGGCCCGCGCCCCCAAGCCCUACGUCUCCCAGAUCUCUGAGUACAAGCUCGAGCUGGCUCUCAAGUUCAAGGAGCUCCGGGCCUCCUGCCGCCGCGUGGCCAACGUGGACAAGAGCCCCACUCACAUGCUGGCGGCCAUCACGGGCAGCUUCCAGGUGCUGAGCAGCCUCAUUGAGACGUUCGUGCGGCUGGUGUUCAUCGUGCGCUCUGAGGCCCAGCGCCAAGAGCUGCUGGCCAAGGUGGAAGAGGUGGUGAGGAACUACACCUUCCUGCUGCGCGCAGCCGAGGAGUCCACCGCCCGGAGCCUUAAGCAGCAGCAGCAGGCAGCAGCCGCGGGGCACACGCCGGGCUCCCCCACUUCAGCGACUGUUAUGAGCACAUUCACCCGCUCCUUAAAAACCCUUAUCAAGUAGGCCAUCUGCCCGGGCCUGCCCCCCUUCCCCAACCGUGGCCCCAGGUUUGAGCUUUGUGGUCUUUGCAUCUUGUGGUGAGUAUAGGUGUCUGCUGGGCCAGUCAGGGUCCCAGAGCCCUCAGUCUCCAGGGAGUGACAGCUCCGUGCAUUGAGGCUGUCCCUGAGGGCUCCGGGCAACUGCCACCCUGGGUAUCCUCACCCCUUCCCUGGCCUCUGGGCGUCACUGUGAGGGCCAAGGCCCCCCCUCCCCCGUCACCACGCCCGCCGCAGAUCUGUUUUGCCUCUCUUCUCUAGGGCUGAGACGUGACGUCGGGUCCACUUCCUGCUCCAUCGUGGUAGCCGGAGGGAGGCGGGCCUGAAGCAGGGGGCCCGUGGGCCUUGAGCUCCUCUUGGCUCCUGUGCCCCUCUGGGGAGCAGUGGCAGUAGCAGCAGGCCACAGCGCCGAGCGAGCGGAGAGGCUCGGGCACGCAGUCCAGACGUGCCCACCCACCCUGGGCUCACACUAACUCGGCAGGAGCCACCCCGGAGGGCUUGUGCCCGGGUAGUGGGUCUGCAGAAAACAGCCGCGCUCAGCUGUUUGUGGCCGGCCCAGCAGGCUGGCGGCCUCAGGGAGCACUCGCCCCCGGGCCCAGUAGCUCCACACCAGCCAUCCCCAAAGUGCCCUGCCCCUCGCUGACAGGCAGGGCGGCUCAGUCCACUAGGGAGCAAGCAUCUGGGAUCACCCCGCUCAUUCUGGGUAAGGUACCUGGUGAACACGUCUGCCCUGGGGAGACCCAGCGCAGGCCUCAGAGCCCGCCUGGCCCAGCCCAGCGCAGGGGCUGUCGCUGCCGGCGUGCGGCUCCUCUCAACAUCUCUCUACCAGACAGACUGUC